AUGACGGAUGUAGAUAUGGCUAACGCAGCACAUACUACGAGACCUGCCAUCAAACAUGACGGAUAUCGUCGUGUGAAGAACGACCAACGAGGCCCAAGCAACUACGUAUCGGAACGACUAGAAACGGUAGUUGAAGAGGAAAACAGUCAUAGCGAGCGAGGUGGCAGAAGAAAACACACCAAGAAAACAGAGGAGGAAGACAAAUCUGUCGCACUAUCAAAAAAGAAACGCAAUCGUCUUGGAAAGGAUAACAAAACAAAACAACCAAAGUCAUUCCAUAAAGGAAAAGGAACUGGUUGGAGAGUAGCAGGUGUUAUAGUAAAGUAUGUCAGAGUGGGCAGGCAGGGAUAUUUAGAACGUGCUCCAAUACAGACUAAAGUAGCUGGAAGUGGAGAUACAUCUGGCAUCAGUCAAGGAGACCUAAAAGAACACACUGGUAGUGAUUUUCCAGAAAAUACAAUUUUGAAUAGUACUGGUUCAUCAUUUAAUACAGAAUUACAGAGUACUACUGGCUUUGGACAUAAUACAGAAUUACAGAGUACUACUGCUUUUGGACAUAAUACAGAACAUCAAAAUGGUGGUCCAACACUAGAUAUACAACCUCAGCAAUAUAACAGCAUUUCUGAAAGCCAAAUAAGUCCACAAAACUUUGAAACCAAAUCUUCAGAAAUGUAUCACUCAAGUAACAGAGAUCAUUCACCUUCAGGUUUACCAUCAAGUUUGACGGGAAGGCGCAGUGCAGAUAGCACCAGAUCAACUUCAUCAUUAUUAAGCACUGGGAGUAAUUCAAUGGAAUAUGGUCGUCCACAGUCAUCGUCAACUCCAAAGACAUACACAAGUGGAUCAACUAUUGGAAAGAGUAACUUUAAAACAGAAGAAUCUCUAGUGACAAGAGCUGGAAUGAAGCCAGGUUUACUAUCUGCAGGACAUACAGUAAGAACCACUACUCCAGAUAGAACUCACCCGUCCGUAAGUAGACUUCAUGACAGCGGCACAGGUGGAACUCCAAACGGUAGCGGUAUUUUGGACUGCAUGUCAUCCGGCAUUGAAGAGGACAUCGCUUCAUCUCGGUGUUCUGUAUCAUCAGGAAUGUUAGAUGAGGCUUGCAGUCAGAUAGAACAUAGAACGGUACCAGGCACACAACCUCAUUAUCAGGCAUUGGAAGACAGAGGUGGAGCUGAGAAGUCUGGUAUACUCACACCAGCCCAACAAAGGCAGGAAAAUGAGGAGCUGAGAAAACAACUGAUUCAUGAAAGCCAUCUAAAGGAAAAAGCCAAAGCAGAGCUUGAGAGUAUACAGAAUGAAUUUGACAAAUUACAAGAUUUUCUCCAUCACAACUCAGACUGGGAAGGCCAGUACCAGCAAGUACAAACUGAGUUAAAAGUCAGUCGUCUAAAUAACGAUGAAAAAGAUCAGAUGAUAGAGUCUUUGCAGACUGAGGUAAAGUCACUAAGGAAUGACAUAAAUUCAUUUGAGAAAGAGAAAUCUGAAUUGAUGAUGGAGACAGAGGAACUGAACAGUAAAAUCCAUAGCAUGGAAACACAGUUAGAUGAAGCACAGCAUGAAGUCAAAUGGGAAGAGAAUAAUUCAAUGUCUCUAGAAUCUCAGGUGGAGUCAUUACAGAUUGAAAUGAGUCAAUUAAAAGAAGAAUACAAUAAAGUAUUAGAAGAUAAAGAUUCCUUAGAAGGAGAGGUACUAUCAUUGACAUCACAAAUGGAAGAUGCAAACCUACCAAUAGAUAGAAGUAAAAUAGGAGAAAGUAGAGCUAAAACCCCCGAUUCCCAGGCAUCUACUGCUAGUUAUUCCAACUCUGAGGACAAGCUUGCUACCUUGAGGUCUGAAAUUAAAGUAUGGAAAGAAAAACACAAUCACCUGAAUACAGAGAAAAGAAUAAUGCAAAAGAAGUUUGAAACAACCGCCAGAGAAUUGGAGAAUGCCAAGAAAUGUGUCAAACGACUUGAAAGCAGUGCACAGUCAAUGGCUUCAAAGGAUGCAGAUGAAGUGAGGCGUCUAGCCAGUGGCAAAGAAUCUCUGGAACAGGAGUUAAAAGUAGUUAAAUCGCUAGCAGAAGUGCGACAAAAACAGGCAGAAUCUCUUCAAAAGGAGUUAGACACUUUAAGAAAAUUAGCAGAAGAUAGACAGAAAGAAAUAAGAAGCUUACAACAAAAUUUAAGGAGUUCACAGAAACUAGCAAAGGGGAGAGAACAUGAAAUUGACUCGCUGCAGCAGGAGCUAGUAGGUGCAAGUGGACUCGCUGAAGACAGAAAUAGACAACUAGAACAAAUAGUCCAUGAAAUGGAAGAAUCAAAGAUUAUGGCGGAGAAUAAACAUGACCAGUUGGAGUCAUUGCAGGAACAGUUAAAUAAUAUUAAUGUAGUAGCUAAAGAUAAAAGUAAGGAAGUUGAAUCUUUAAAAGCUGAAUUAGACAAAGCAACCAAGUGGGCUGAAGAUAAACAACUAGAAUUAGAGACAUUAGAACAAGAACUUGUCGGGACAACACUAGUUGCUGAGGGACGACAAAAGCAGAUAGAUUCAUUGCAGACAAUUGUUGCUAUUGAUCUGUGUGAAACAAGCAGUGAGCAUACCAUGGAGAGUUCUUCUCACGCACAAAAAUUGACCUUAUUACUUGCUGAAAACCGAGCAAAUAGAGAAGAAAUUGAGAAACUUACAAGAGAUCUGACUGUUAAGAUGAAAGAAUCAGCAGCAGAUAGAGAAGUUAAUGAGUAUUUGUGUAAUGAAAAAUACAAACUACAAUCUGAAAAGACAAUAUUGGAAAGUGAACUAGCCACCGUCAAAGAUGAAUACGAGAAAUAUCAAAUACAACACAGUGCUGAUAGUAAAAUUCAGCAAGCAGAGAUCAGUGGACUCAAGGCUAAGUUAAAUGCUUCAGAAAGACUAAAAGACACUCUGACUUCAGAAUUGUCUCACACCAAGUUCAACUUGUCAGAAGCAUCAGAAUCUAGUGACAAAGUGUCAUCUGUGUCAUAUGAUUUAGCAUCAGCAAAAGUUGAUUUGGAAAACUUGAGAAAGGAACAUAGUGUUUUGAAUACAAUGUUGGCUGAAGAGAGAAAACAAUGUGAAAAACUACGGGAAGAAUGGCAGAAGGAACUGACAGAGAAAAGGAAACUUAAUGACCAAAUACGUGAUGUCAAAAUAGAGUUAGAUACAACCACUGCUACGUUGGAAGCAAGUAAAGACUAUGCAGCUCAACUACAAGAAGAAAAAGAUCAACUCUAUAAGGAAUAUACCAUUGUACAGUUAAGGGCUGAAGUGUUACUGCAGACCGCAGAACAGAAUUACCAUGCAGCUCUUGAAUCGAAGUCACAGAUUGGAGUAGAUCUGAAAAUGAUGGAAAACACCAUCAGUACACUCAAAGCACAGUUGGCAGAAGAACGAGCAAAUAGAAAAUUAGCAGAACAAAAAUUGAAUUCAUUUUCAGAGAUGUUGGAGCAGGAAAGAAAGAAAAAGUUGUUACCAAAAUCAGAUACCCAGGUUGUUACAGACUUAGUCAGUGCUUGGAAUUUGUCAUUAAUUUUAGUCCCUGUUUGGGACUAUUAA